UCGGGUACUUCAAUAUUCGAAUUGCUGUACUGUUCAACAGUUCUGUUUAUGAGAUGGCAACUGGAAAUGACAAGCAAGAAUUAAACAAAAUUCUUCAAAGCAAUGCAUUCCAGCAAUGUGUGGAUCAUCUAAAGAAAUAUGAGACGGUAAAACCUGUAGAUAAAACACUUGUAGAUCAAUUGAAACAACGUCUCCGUGAAGCUGUCACUCCAGAAUUGAUUUUUGAUCUCUUAGCAGAUGUUCUUGACUUGAUAGGUGGAUGUGUGCCUGUUGCUGGUGCUCCGCUCUCCAUAGCAUCUUUUUUAAUUAAAGGAUUUUUGUUUUUGUUUGGGGUCCUGUCCAACAAGUCAUCCAAAAUAAAAGUCUUUGAACAGCAGACAUACAUAGCCGUUAACAUUCAGAGAAAAGCAUUUGCCGUACAAAGUGCUUUAUCUUCCUCCAUUCGCUACCUCCAGAGGAUACAGACACGAAAUCUCAACGAUCAUGAAAUCGAUAUACUGCAAAGUCAGGUACCGCGGAAUACGGGCGACGAGUUUUUUGCAGAACUUGAACAAACAAUAAAUGACCUUCAAAGAGGCGAGAAAGAAAAGAACACAAGAGAGACGGAAGACCAAACGACUGAUAAGAUAGCAGGAAACAAGACAGAGGAGGAAGAUAGGAAGACAGGAGAGAAAGAAGAGGAACAGGAAGAGCAUACGUUACAAAGAUGCAAUGCUAUCAUCGCCCUCAUUGAUCUUUAUUGUGUUCUGUCCUGUUUGAGAGAGUUUGUUUUGUUUUACUUUGUAACAGUCUUUGCAAACAACAGAGUUUCUGAGAAUAUAACAAAGAGUUACCUUGAGAGACUACAAAAAUUCAAAAACAACAGAGAAGCUCUUUUGAAAGUUCUUUAUGAACCAGAAGCGAAGUAUGCAAGUGUGGCUGCCGUUUUCCUUCCGAAAAAAUGGUCAAAGCUUCGUCAUCAACUCGGAUCGCGUCUCGACCUGUGUGACUUGCUUGAUCGUCCACUACAUAUCAUUUCUGCGGCUAAGAAAGAGUUCGCCAUGUUUAGAUAUGAUCCUAAUGUUAGAAAGCUAUUCACGCAGACGAGAUACGUUCGCGUCAUGGCAAACAUUGAAACGAAAUUUGUGUUACAUUCUGAGGGUGAUCAAGAUUUCAAAAUAUAUCUCAGUGGGCAUCAAAACAUGAUGUGGAAGAUAAGUUCAGAUCAACUAGAGGUUUCUAUUGAGAGACCAUCAAGCAAGGGUGAUUAUUUCAAUAUCGUUCGGCUAUCAAACGGAAAUGUUAUGUUUUCAUCACAAAAGCGGCCGACUUGCUUCAUCAAAAUGGAAAAUGCAAAAGAUGACGCGCGACUGGGUGUAGCAAACAACGGAUUUGACAAGAAUUGUCAAUGGAAAAUUAUCGACUAA